CGCCCUUUUUGUAACGGCUGCCGCUCGCGGUGGCGAAGCAAUCGGAGUUUAGGAGCUGCAAAGUCCACCGGCCUGCCCGUCACCUACCACCCCACUAUUCUCUACCUCUCUCUUGGACAUGGGAUUCGGCGAUCUCAAAUCUCCCUCCGGCCUCCAGGUGCUGAACGACUACCUGGCGGACCGGAGCUACAUCGAGGGGUAUGUUCCGUCACAAGCUGAUAUAGCUGUGUUUGAAGCUCUUGAUGCUCCACCAUCAGCUGACUUCCACCAUGCACUUCGCUGGUACAACCAUAUCCAAUCCUAUGAAAGCACCAAGGCUUGCCUUCCAGGUGUUAAGCAGCCCCUUAGUAAAUAUGGUCCACAAAAUGUAGCAGAUACAACAACAGCAAAAGCUGUGGAUGACAAUGAUGACGACAAUGACAUUGAUCUCUUUGGAUCUGAUGAUGAAGAGGAAAGUGCAGAGGCUAAAAGGCUUAAAGAAGAACGUCUAGCCCAAUAUGAAGCUAAGAAGUCCAAAAAGCCAGCACUUAUUGCUAAAUCAUCUAUUUUGUUGGAUGUGAAGCCAUGGGAUGAUGAAACUGACAUGAUCAAAAUGGAAGAGUGUGUCCGUUCAGUGACUAUGGACGGCUUACUUUGGGGUGCCUCCAAACUGGUUCCUGUGGGUUAUGGCAUCAAAAAGCUACAGAUUCAGUGUGUAGUUGAAGAUGACAAGGUGGGAACAGAUAUGCUGGAAGAAGCUAUUGUUGCAUUUGAAGAUUAUGUUCAAUCUGUUGAUGUUGCAGCCUUCAACAAAGUGUAGAAUGACAACAAAUGAACACUUAAUAAAAACUGGCAUGUCCAGAACUAAACCUG